CGCCACCAACUACCUGAUCUGUACCAACUGCCGGAAAGUGCUGCGGAAGGAUAAAAGAAUUAGAGUAUCUCAACCCUUGACAAGAGGACCAAGUGCCUUUAUUCCAGAGAAGGAAGUUGCCCAAGCAAACACAGUGGAUGAACGUACUAACUUUCUUGUGGAAGAAUACUCUACAUCCGGUCGUCUAGACAACAUCACCCAGGUCAUGAGUCUGCACACUCAGUACCUGGAGUCUUUCCUGCGGAGCCAGUUCUACAUGCUGCGCAUGGACGGCCCCCUUCCUCUACCACACAGGCACUACAUCGCAAUAAUGGCUGCAGCUAGACAUCAGUGUUCCUACUUAAUAAACAUGCAUGUGGAUGAAUUUCUAAAGACAGGAGGUAUCGCUGAGUGGUUGAAUGGUUUGGAAUAUGUACCACAAAGACUGAAAAAUCUUAAUGAAAUAAAUAAGCUGCUAGCACACCGACCCUGGCUGAUCACAAAAGAGCACAUUCAGAAACUUGUCAAAACUGGAGAAAAUAAUUGGUCUCUGCCUGAACUGGUACAUGCUGUGGUCCUACUGGCACAUUAUCAUGCUUUGGCAAGCUUUGUUUUUGGUAGUGGCAUCAAUCCAGAGAGAGAUCCAGAAAUCUCCAAUGGGUUCAGGCUAAUAUCAGUCAACAAUUUCUGCGUUUGUGACCUCGCUAAUGACAACAACAUAGAGAAUGCAACCCUUACAGGCAACAACUUUGGGAUUGUAGGCUCUCUAAGCGAGCUGGAGGCCUUAAUGGAAAGGAUGAAAAGGCUUCAAGAAGAAAGAGACGAUGAAGACGCAUCUCAGGAAGAAAUGACCACUCGCUUUGAGAAGGAGAAGAAGGAAAGUCUGUUCGUUGUCUCUGGAGAUACCUUUCACUCGUUUCCUCAUUCAGAUUUUGAGGAUGACAUGAUUAUAACAGCUGAUGUCUCUCGGUAUAUUGAAGACCCAGGUUUUGGGUAUGAAGACUUUGCCAGACGAGGAGAGGAGCAUUUGCCAACAUUCCGAGCUCAGGACUAUACCUGGGAAAAUCAUGGGUUCUCCCUGGUGAAUAGACUUUAUUCUGACAUUGGACAUCUUCUUGAUGAAAAGUUUCGCAUGGUCUACAGUCUCACCUAUAACACUAUGGCCACCCACGAGGAUGUUGACACAACCAUGCUGCGCAGAGCUUUAUUUAACUAUGUUCACUGUAUGUUUGGAAUCAGGUAUGAUGAUUAUGAUUACGGAGAAGUUAACCAAUUACUUGAACGAAGCCUGAAGGUUUACAUUAAGACAGUGACCUGCUAUCCUGAGAGAACUACCAAGCGCAUGUAUGAUAGUUACUGGCGUCAGUUCAAACACUCAGAAAAGGUUCACGUCAAUUUACUGUUAAUGGAAGCACGGAUGCAAGCUGAACUCCUGUAUGCUCUUCGUGCCAUAACUCGGCAUUUGACCUGAAGCCUCACCCAGGGAAAGUGUCAUAUGUGUAAAGACCUUUUCACAUAAGAUAUACAUCAGAAGCUGUUUGUGAUGUAGCAUCAACAAUUAUUCAAUUCUCUGUGUCAAAGUUUAGCCGUUUUUUGGGGGCGGCUGUAAUGUGCAAUGAUGUGUUUUCUUUUUCUUGAUGCUUAACAUUACUAACAAUUGCAAAAAUAAUACUGAGGAGCACUACUUUGCAUUGUUUAUAGUCAGAUUUUUGGAAACUGAUCAUAAAUCAUGACCCUGGUUUGGUAAUGCUUAACUUCAGCGCUUUGGGGUUUGUGUGUAUGUGUAUUUCUUUCCCCACCUUUUUUUUUUUUUGGUUGUUAAAUAAGGAAAAGUGCUUAUAAUCUGCUCAAGCAAUUGUUUAUUCAGAUAUUGGAAUUCAGCAAAGAAUAACCUCCUCUGGCCGUUCUCCACUUUUCAUGGUGUGUCCCAAAUCCGGUAGAGGAAAAGCAUGCGCUGUUGAACUAAGCUGCUCACAGGACAUACCCUGUGUCCCCAGGAGAUUAUUUGUCAGGCACUGUUUGGUUUUUUUUGUUUGUUUGUUUUUGGUUUUUUUACUGCUAUUGGCGAUAACGUGAAAUGUGAUACAGCCAUUGUCCAUAAUUUAAUGUGAAAAUAAUCAUGAUGAAUUCUAUAGCAUGCUACUGAAAUGCCAAAUUCAGCUAUUUUCUUUCUCGUCUGAAACAGGAGUUUCAGUUUUCCAUGUCAGAUGUAUAUAUAAAAAGUGGAAUUAUGCACAAUCCUUUCUAUCACUGACAGUAAUCCUCAGUCAUCUUCAGUAACCAGUGCUCACAGUGCUGCUUAUUCCAGUUCAUUUAGUUGGCACAUACAAACUUGCACCCACACAAGGCUGACCAAAAACUUUCUUUGCACAGUUUUCUUUUCUCAUAGUGAUUUCUAUAUUGCAGUAAGCAGAAGAAGGUUACUAUACCUAUAUUUUUUCCUGUUAGGCCUUUAGAACUUAUUUUCCAUGAUUUUUCUUAUAAUAAGUUAAACGGUUUAUUAUUCAAAGGUAAAAAUUGUGUUUCUAUGCAUUAAUGUGAAUGAACAACAACAAAAAAAGAGUGCAAUAUGUUUAAAAAAAUACUCAGCUAAACUUUCCCCCUAUGGUGUCACUGCAGAAGUGUCCUUUAAGACAGAGCCAUAAAGAAAUUUGGUUCAGAUUUCUUUAUUGCACAAGGCUUUCGCCUUACUGGGGUUGAAUAGUGUUCCUUUCGUAAUGCCAAAGCAUCCCCUUCCCCAGAAAAAUCUCUUUGGACGACUGGUUAAAAAAGAUGAUCCAGUCUUAGGGGAGGAACAUAAGCAUCCAAAAAGUCACAUUUUUGCAUUGGUUUAUGUUGCUUGAUUAGACUAUCUUCACAGAGCACAACAUUAUGUGUUUAUAGCUUUAAUUUGUGUUACGUUACUGAACCAGCGAAGUGCCUAAAGAGAUGCUUACAACUAUCCGUAGGACACGACUGCACGGCUUCAACACUUUUUGGUUAAUGAAUGGUGACUUGAAUUGUACACCACAUGCUAAUUUUUUUAAAACAGAUCCACUUUUUUCGUAGUAAAUAUUAUAGUUAAAAUUUGUUGUUAGAGUUCCCACAAAGAUUUCAUUUUAGAUUUACUUAUUAUAUAGGACUUACUUUUUUUUAUCUCUCAUGAAAGAAUAGUGGACUAGUGUUUUGUUAAAUCAUUUCCCCCCUUCCAUUUAUCAUCCUUUUCUGGUAUAAUACUGUAGGUUGCUGUCUUUUAGAUUUUGUUCCAGAUGAGAAAAUAGAAAGAUGACUGUAAGCCUAUUAACAUAAGGUAGUUCUGCAUUUUUGGAUUCCAGGAUCUUCUUUGAAAACUUCCAUGUGAGGAAAAAAUUGCUAAUUUUUUAAAGACUAGGGUGGUUUAUUUAAAGAGAUUACUCAAAGAACUUGUGCCAGGUUUCUUCUGUUUUGUUUAUAGCAUAUGCUGGUUUCAUAGAGAUCUGUAUUUCAAAGAAGGUAUGUGGGAGAAUGGCAAAACCUAGAUGACAACAUCAAUGUCCAUUUAACUUCCCGAACUUUUGAGCUUUCAAGUUGAGGAUAUCUUUUAUUCCUGACAUUUGUUUUCGUAAUAGAAUUCUUUCAGUCAAUAGCCCUAUGUUUGUGCAGGUGACCUCUAUUACAGGAUGAAAAUGAUUUUUGUAUAUUGAGAAGGAGGAGAAAUUCUCACAGAACACCAUGUAAGCUUUAGACCAAAAGGGGAAACAAGGUUUAAGUAACUAAAAUGGCCACUUCGUUUUUGUUUUGUUUUAGUUUUUUCCCCCCAGAAAUGUAAGUAGUUGGAGUUUGGGUUACGGAAAUAUUAGUGCCUUUACUAGAUCUCUUUCCUAGCAAAGUUUCUUUUCAGCUCAGCAUUGAUCUAUCUCAUCAGUAAUCAGGAAAAUAAGUUGGCUUGGAACUAUAAACAAAAACAAAACAAUCUAUUUAUGAACCUCAGUGAACCAGCCUAGAAAAGGUGGCUUCUGAAGGUGCUGAAUUAAGCGCCCACUCAGACGCGGCAUGCACAGCAUUCCAGGUUGUGGAUACCAUUUUACACCGAGUUUGCUGUGGACUUUAUAUAAUGCAAACUUGAAAUUCUGAUGCGGUUUUCCAGGGUGGUAUUUUUUCAGAGUAUUGAAUUUACUAUGUAGUAAUUUAUAGUAUAGCUUUUUAUAUUAAAGUGUGAUAUUUUUUAAAGAGCUAUCUGGUUCAAUUGGUGAAAUGAUGUGGUUAUACAAGACGCUAACCUACACCGUGGGCUCACAUCGUGCCAAACCUAAAUGUGCAAGUGUACGUGAAAAAAGCACAUGCGAAUGUGAAUUAUCUACCUUCGUAGCUUAUGUUAAAAUUAGUCUAGUCAUCCACUGACGUCUAUUGACCUUUGAAUUUCAAGUUUUCCAGCUUCCGUUGUAAUUCUUCAUUUCUCAGAUCACCUUAAGAAAUACCUAAACACUCUCUCAUCUGAAAGUGAGUCUGUUCUUUAACCUGAUCCCUUGACUGUGGGAGUGGCCUGGUGGCUGCCUCCUUGGAUCCUUCAGAUUAGGCCUCCUCAGGUGGACUCAUGAUAUUUAGAGGAAAAGAGGCUUUUGAGAUGGGACUACUUAAUACCUUCCUCACCUUUUGAACUAAGUAUAUUGUCUUAGUCUUGGGAAGAAUCUUUGUCCCGAUUAGGGUACUUUUAGAAUAAAAGAUGGCUAAUGUAGAAUCUGGGGCAUGGCCUUGGCCUUCCAUUGUGGCUUUAAACCCAAGUAAUGGCCAAGCUUCACAGGGCUGUUUUAGAACAGAGAACUCAAUGUAAGCUUUAGAUCAAAAUCCUAUUUGAACCAGAACCCCUGUUUUAAUUGUGUUACAAUCUCCUAAAAUUUUUCAAUGCUUCUAAAAGCUAAUUAACAUUAUUCCAGAGCAACUUUUUCCUUUUCCACCUUACAGAGUUUUUUUAAUCCAAAAUCUUAGAUUUUUAUACCGCAGCAAAAUACAGUUAUCAGCAAACAAAGAUCUGUACUUAAAAAUAGUUCACCACUUUAGUGCAGAGUGCAUGCGUAUAUGACGGUAACAUUCUUUUAAACUCUAAGGACAAUUCAUCAGGGAAGAAAAUAAAUGUCAGUGCAUGUUACAAAAAUGAUCUGCACUGACCUAGUAAAAUGAGGUUUUUGUUUUGUUUUAUGUUGUAUUUAAAGACAAUUCUAAAUCAUUUCUCUGGAAAGCAAGAUCGUAAACUCUUCAUCUAAGGACUGUUUCUUCUUUUAUGCAAAUAGAUGGUCUUGCAUGGAGUAAACUUAUGCAACCAUAAUGUUAUAUAAAUAGUAUAUGAAAUUUUCUUAGUAUAAUUCAACAGCAAACUGAAAGACAUAUGGCUAUACUGUUCAGAUCAAGUUUUAAGUUAGCUAAUCUGCAUACAACCUAGUCUAGGUGGCCGUCGUCAUAAACUACAUUUCCCUAUCAUAUCCAUCUGAAGACUGAGAAUCAAAAUAAGUAGUCUUUCCUCAAAGCAGUACUGUAACCUGAAUGUAUUCAUCUCAGUCAACAGAACUUAGAUGCCCCCUGUAUGCAGAGCUUGUUUCCAAUCUAAUGUGGCUCCGUUAGCAGUGUCUGCUCAGGUGAGACCUAGAACAAAAAUAGCAGGGGCGAGAGGGUCACAGAGCUAGAGGUGCCUGUGAAGGCAGAGCCUGGUGAGGAAGGAAAAGCUUUUCAGAGAACACAUGAAACGUAAUUCUGAAAGCGUGGCUGUCCUCAGCGUCAUACACUUAAUAUAGAGGAACAUUUCCCGUCGCGGGAGCUCCUGCUUGCACCCGAUCCACCCUUCCCACCUGCUUUCUCUUCCUCCAAGUGCCUCAGCCUCCCCUCCCCUCAGCCCGUCUUGAUCUGAUUGCCUUUCACACUCCAGCAUCACCAGCCACCUGCCGACAGUCACCAGCAUUUACUUUCUGAGUCACUUUUUCUCCAUUCAUUAGGAAUAUGACUUUGCCCCGACUCCCUCCAAAUCCCCCUACCAUCCAGCUAUGUUUUGACUAACCUUUGCCCUAGAUGCCCUUCCAGAUGUUUUGUAGCACCCAGUGUAACCCUGUCCACCCCAGACCGUCCUCCCUUUCCCAGCUGCCAAAAUGUCUUGCUCUCCUCUACCUCAUCCCCGAAGAGCCUAUAAAUUCAGAGUAUCCAACCUUUGCAUGGAUUCACUCUCUGUUCAAGUAAUACUACUUCCAUGUUUUAAAUAAGUCAUAGAAGAUUUUUGCCUUCUAACAAAGUAGGAAUCUUUAUAUUUGUACAUGAUACAGAAAUUGAACUAUUUCUACCAUGCAGAAUUUAGCACCUAACAGGAUUUUAAAGUGAUCGAAUUGCCAUUCUAACCUGGAUCUGUAUUAGGUAAUAAAUACUGGUAUUAGUAUUAGUCCAAGUUACUGAAUGUAAAGUUAAAAUUCCCCAGCAGUCCAGACUCAUCUGUAAUCCUUCAGUGGUACAGGGAAUUUCUGGCAUACAAAUGGGUGGUGUUUCAGAUAUUUUAUUUGGUGGUAUUUGGGCCUUGAAACACAUUUCUGAUAGAAGGACAUAUGAUCAAGGGUGUUUAGUUGGUUCUAUUGGAUGACAGAAGCCCAUUUGAUUAUAAUAUGUUUAAAAUACCACAAAAUUGGCUACGUAAGAGCUUGCUCAAGCUUUCCUGGGUUAGAUUAACGCUUCUCGCGCCCCUGGCCUACCCUGUUCUCGUGGGGGGUCGGCCUGUGGGAUGGAAAGGGAAUGCAUGGACUUUGUCAUCUUGAUUCAUGUGGUGCAUCCAGGCAGGAAAUGCGUGGAGGAGGAGGCGGCAGCAGCUCUUCCUCCCCAGCGGUGUGUACUCGGCGUAGUUCAGAGGACAGCUGGACAGGUUUCUAACGGGCAUGUUUGUCCAUAGAUGGUUGUCUGACCUGAAGAGCAAUGAACCACCUGUUUGAAAGUAUCGGUUAUUAUGAUCAGUGGUGGUAUCUGGAUGCCUUCCACUCCCAUUCAUGAACAACCCAACUGACAGCGGAGUCUAGUAAAUGCCUUCAAGGGCCCAGGAAUGAAUCAAUGCCUAGUUAAGAAAUGAGGCAAUAAUGGAGACCAAAAGAAUGGUUUUUAUUAAAUCAUAUGUCAUAAAGUAUUUGUUUUAGCUUUAAAUUAAUCGUGGCUGCACCACCAUGGAGUACAGAAUCAAAAAAGGAAAGUUGUGGGGGGAGAACAUCUGAUUGUUUGCAGUGCUUGUGGAAAUUUUUGAAAUAAUGAAAUGUAUACUAUAAAAUAGCCUUUAGAACAAACACCCCAUUUUACAGCUCAUAGGACAUCGUACAGUAAAAUCUAAAUAUGAUAAAUAUAAUUUUUGGUACAUAAAUUUGCAAGAACAGCCUAUUUUCUUCCACCCCUCCAUUUAACCUCUUAGAAAUGAAUGUAUGAAUCCUGGUUUUCCAGAUAUGUGCAUUAUGACACUUAAUGAAAUGGGUUAAACUUCUUUUAAUUAGUCUUCAUGCAUUUUCAACUGGCUUCUAAAUCUGAUAAGGAAGGAUCGAAAGGUAGGAUAAAGAAAGCAUAUCAGUUAGGUAGCCACAUAGUUUCCUUUGUAAUGUUGAGGCUGUUUUCUCCUUUCCGAAUUUUAUUGAUUCUCUAAAAUAAAAGGUAAGAGUUAAAUGGUACCCUUGUUCGUCAAGGAAAGUUAUCCAAGCUCCAUAUCUAAUGCAGAUAUUUCCUUUGCAUUCAUCUAUCUUCCCUGGAAAGAAAAUACAAUCUUCCCUCCCUCUUUCUCUUCACAUUUAUACUCUUCAACCUGGGAUAAGAUAGAAAGGAAACCACAAGCCAGUUUGGCGUCUUCAUGCUAAUAGAAUAGUGACAUCCACGUGCAUAGUCUGAGCAAGGUAAAGGACCCUGUCAGGCCGACAUGGAACAUGGCCUUGCUACUUGGAUUAGCUCCUUCAAACCUGAAAAUACCUUUUCUGGUCAUGGAAGAACUGGAUGUAUCCUUUAGCUCAUGAAACAGGAUUUGAACUUGAAAUCUUUUUUUUAACAAAUCCUGAUUUUGCAGGGCAGCUACAUGAUGAAUGUAUAUAUUAAGACUUUGUAGCUGAAUUGCACAUGAAAUCAGAUUGCCAACUUCUUGACUUUUUCAAUUUUAGACUUCAUUUUAUCCUUAAGUUGUGAGCGAUAUGUAGCAUGCUGUGAAAUGUCUAUAUAGUUCUUUAAUUCAUCAGUAUUAAUACAGAAUUAUCUUUUGCGUUCCUCGGUACUUUUUAUUCAAUGUAAUCAGAAGCUGUGAUGUUUUGCCUUUGUAGUCCUGUGCUUUGUUACUGUAAUUUUUACUUUUUUUUUACGAAGCACGUGACUUUGGACUAAUGUGAGGCGGAUGAUCUUCAGACUGCUAUAUGUAUCAGUGUCUUACUAUAUAAGGUUUUCCAUUAGAAUAAGCUUUUAUCAAAUAGAUCAUUGAUGCAAUUUAGGAUUUACACAAUUUUCAUUGUCAAACAGCAGUCUUAUAUUUAUAGUUUCAUUUCUGAGAAUAGCAAACUUGAUAAACAGCCACUUUAAAUGUGUUCUGGCGAACCAGACCCUGCUGUAGAUGUAGUCUAAGGUAGUUAACCAUAUAAGCCUUUUCAACUGCCAUGCCCUCCACAUGAGUCAGCAGGUAAGGAGAUUGUAGAACCCAUGAAAGCUUUUCGUAUGUAUAACUAGGUUUUAUUUUUCUUUUGUUGCUGAUUUUACAACUCUGACUAAAGCUGACCUGAAUGGGUCAGUUUAUGUGUAAUAUUCUAGUGCUUUAAUGCCUUUUUUUUUGGAGGGAUGGGUAAUAUUAUUUUACAGAUGCAGAAGGAACUGUUAGUGAGUCAAGACAAACACAUUUGAAAUAAAGGAACUGUGUAUUAACAUGUUAACAAUUCAUAACUGCACUUUUUAUGACAUUUUGAAAAUCUAUUUAUAGGUACAGAACAAUGGGUUUUGUUAAACUGUAUCACAUUUAUACUUGCAGAAAUUUAUUUCAUUGUUAUUAGUAGGAAUUUUAUUGGUUCAAUAAAAUUGGCAAAACUGAA